AAGUCAAUUACCGCUGUGUUAUCAAAAAUAAAAAUAUAGACAAGGCUGAAACCAGAUGAUUUUAACCAGCAAAAAACAGGUUGUGACAAUUCUGUGGUGUUCCAUAUAAAGGGAGAAGAUUCAGAAGGUGACAAGGCACUGGAUAGUACAACAUGAAGUUUCUGGUGUUUCUCCUGGUUGUUGGUGCCUGUACUGGGCAGUUUAAUCCUAAUGUUGAAUGUGGUAAAACAUCUAUUGUUCACUUGUUUGAGUGGCGAUGGGAAGACAUUGCCACAGAAUGUGAGCAAUAUCUGGGACCAAAUGGUUUCGGGGGUGUCCAGGUAUCACCACCUAAUGAGCACUUGAUCAUCACUAACCCACAUAGACCAUGGUGGGAGAGAUAUCAACCAGUCAGCUAUAAGAUCUGCUCCCGCUCUGGUGAUGAAGAGCAAUUCAGAGACAUGGUCACCAGAUGUAACAAUGUUGGGGUGCAUAUCUAUGUUGAUGCUAUUAUAAAUCACAUGUGUGCAUCUGGAGCUGGGAAAGGUAAUUCCUCCACUUGUGACAGUCCAUAUAACACAGACACCAGACACUUCCCGGCAGUGCCUUACUCUUACCUGGAUUUUAAUGAUGGAAAAUGUAAAAGUCAAAGUGGUGUCAUUGAGAGCUAUAGCGAUGCUAAUCAGGUGAGGAACUGCCGUCUUGUGGGCCUUCUGGACCUGGCACUGGAAAAGGAUUAUGUGUGUGGGAAGAUUGCGGACUAUAUGAACAACCUCAUAAGUAUUGGAGUGGCUGGUUUUAGACUUGAUGCUGCCAAGCACAUGUGGCCUGGGGACAUCCUGGCUAUUGUCAACAGACUGAGCAACCUGAACACUAAGUGGUUCCCUAAUGGUACUCAUCCUUUUAUCUUCCAAGAGGUGAUUGAUCUGGGUGGAGAAGCUAUUUCAGCUAAUGAAUAUUUUGGAAUUGGACGUGUAACAGAAUUCAAAUAUGGAGCCAAGCUUGGAACAGUCAUUCGUAAGUGGAAUGGAGAGAAAAUGGCAUAUCUGAAGAACUGGGGAGAAGCCUGGAGUUUCAUACCCAAUGAUAGAGCCUUGGUAUUUGUAGACAACCAUGAUAACCAAAGAGGUCAUGGUGCUGGAGGUGCCUCUAUACUCACCUUUUUUGAUGCUCGAUUGUACAAACUGGCAGUUGGCUUUAUGUUGGCACAUCCUUACGGAUUUACACGUAUCAUGUCAAGUUUUCAUUGGCCAAGAAACAUUGUAGAUGGAAAGGAUAUAAAUGACUGGAUAGGACCACCAAGCCAUUGGAAUGGGUCAAUUAAGGCAGUCACUAUUAAUGAAGAUACCACUUGUGGAAAUGGCUGGGUGUGUGAACACAGAUGGCGCCAAAUAAAAAAUAUGGUGGCUUUCCGUAACUUUGUAAAUGGCCAAGCACUCAUUAACUGGUGGGAUAAUGGAGAAAACCAAAUUGCCUUUGGUCGUGGCAAUGUAGGUUUCAUUGUGUUUAACAAUGAUAAUUGGGACAUGGAUGUCACUUUGAACACAGGACUUCCUGCUGGAACAUACUGUGAUGUCAUCUCAGGGCAGAAAAAUUACACCUAUUGUACUGGCUUACGGAUCCAUGUAAACAGCACUGGCACUGCUCAUUUCACAAUCAGCAGUAAAGCUGAGGACCCUUUUGUUGCCAUUCAUGUGAAUGCUAAACUGUAAAAUGCUUAGCACCAAUGAAGAAUCAAAAGACAAAGGACGGUAUUCAAGUGAUAUAUCACACCCAAUCUCCUUUCUAAAGUGAUCCCAAUUAUCACGCAUAUUGCACCCAUAGUAAUCAGGAUUAGCAGCGUAAAGGGUUAGUGCACCUCACUACCCUAGGGGUAGCGAACUGAAAUGAUGAUCCCACUCCCAUCAGCAGAAAUAGAAUGGGUGUGCAAGAGGGCAGAAAGAAUUGAAUACUGCUCACACUGUCAACAAUAUUUUUGUCUAAAUAUCAAUAAAAUACUUCAUAUUCAA